CGUGUUUCUUCCGGAAAAGGAGAGACAGGCGUUUGUACGUUGCCGCAAUUUCGACGCAUUUCUCGGAGUUUCAGUAUCAAACGUAACAUCACUCGCUACAGAAAAUAUACUAUUAUUAUUUUUUUGAUUUAAACGGUGGUAGACAGAACAAGUGAAACCUUUAAACUAUCGAUAACUGUUUACGGAUCAUCGUCGACUCCACUUCGCAAGUGUGUGUGUCUCUUGUUAGCUAACGUUAGCUUAGCGAGAUAGUUUUCAGGGUGGUAAAAUGGAGGAUGCAUUUAGGCCGUCGACGGAUCUCGAUGAUCCCCCAAAUAGUCGCUUGUUUUUAGUUACAAGUAAGUCCAUCACUGAGGACAUGAUCCGGGAGCAGUUUUCUCUUUUUGGAGAAAUUCAGGAUGUUUGGGUAGUCAAAGACAAACAGACAAAGGAGUCAAAAGGAGUGUCCUUUGUGAAAUUUACCAAAUCGUCCGAGGCAUGUACGGCUAUGGAAGAAAUGCAUGGAAAAUGCUUGGUCGAAGGAACCAAACCAAUCAAGGUGUUUAUUGCCCAGGCGAGAUCCUCCGGAAGCCACCGAGACGUGGAGGAUGAGGAGCUCACCAGAAUAUUUGUGAUGAUUCCCAAAACCUUUACUGAGGACGACUUGAAAGAAACAUUCAAGGAAUAUGGUGACAUUGAGUAUUGCAUCAUCGUAAAGAAUAAAACCACAGGAGAAAGUAAGGGCCUGGGGUAUGUGAGAUACCACAAACCCUCACAGGCAGCCACCGCCAUAGAGAACUGUGAGAAGACAUAUAGGGCCAUUCUUGCAGAGCCGAGGAACAAAACGCCAGCCCCAGACAACGACUACUUCAGCCCUGCCAGAGCAGAGCAUGUCCAGGGUGACCCAGGAAUGACUUCCUAUCCAUUUGUGGACUCUGGUUUUCAUACCAGGGGAGACAUGCGGGGCACAGACAUCAUCACCAGGUGCUUAAUGGUGUCAUCAAGGGCGAGCAUCACACAAGAUCAAGUCUAUAGCCUCUUUGACCUGAUCCCGGGGAUGGAUUAUUGCGAGAUGCAGCAGGAUUCAUAUGGUUUCAGCACAGGGCAAGCUAUGAUUCGCUACAACAACCUUGGAUCAGCUGUCUAUGCAAAAAACAAACUGGAUGGCUUUGAGUACCCACCUGGGAACCGUCUAGUAGUCACUCACAUUGAUGAUGGGCAGGACAGAAGAAGCCCGGUGGGAAGGAUGGCCAUGCAGCUGGUAGCAGCCCAGAUGAUGUCUAUCGUGUGCAAUGCUCCUACUGGCCCACCACCACUUAGGAAGACGAGUACUGGCUACCCAUCACCCGCUGUUCCUCAGAGCCCCCGGGUACAGACAGAUGUUGCACUCCCACCUCUCCAGAAGUUGGCCCCCUCAGACAGCCGGGUGAAAGAACGCCUAUUUGUGGUCUUCAAACCUUUGCCUCUGCCCAUGGAUGUGCUUGAAGAUGUGUUCUGCCGUUUUGGCUCUCUGGUUGAGGUUUUCCUUGUGCCUGGACGGAAUGUGGGCUACAUGAAGUACGCAGAGAGAAAGAGUGCUGAUGAUGCCAUGGCGACCCUACAUGGUCAGAUGGUGAAUGGCGUUAAAAUGAAGGUGAUGCGGGCUGAUCCGCCCAAAGAGGAGUCUCACAAACGUCAACGCACCUAUUAGAGGGACACAGAACAAGAGAUGACCUAAGUGACAUGACCUCCAACAUGACUGAACCGACAUAAAUGAUGACAGGACCAAAUUACGACCACACUACGGACAGUGAUCUCUGUACCUUACUUUGAUGUUUCUUUGUACUAACGCUGAAGGUGAUGACAGUGGUGGUCCUUUUCUCCUCCAAGAUUGAUAUUUUGAUGUUAAGGAAUAGUUUGAAUCUGCAUUGGUCCUAAUAUGUUCUCAAUAAAAAAAACACCCAAUGCA